CAUGCAGGAUCGUAAAGACGAGAUCGAAUUGAGUAACUUAAAUUUUCUCAGCUUCGUUCUGCAAUGGACAAGAACCUCCUGGGACUUCUCCGCCUUCGGAUCAAGCGAGGUAUCAACCUCGCCGUCCGCGACUAUGUCACCAGCGACCCUUACAUCAUCGUAACCAUGGGGCGCCACAGGCUCAAGACUCGCGUGAUCAAGAAUAAUUUAAACCCAGAGUGGAACGAGGAACUCACUCUUUCGAUGACCGACAUCAACGAGCCUAUCCUUCUCAACGUCUACGACAAAGACCGUUUCACCCGCGACGACCCCAUGGGCGAUGCAGUGGUUGACAUCAAGCCCUACGUGGAGUGCCUGAAACUGGCGCCGGAGUUGGAGAAGCUCCCAGAUGGGUGUGCGUUGAAGAAAGUCCAGCCCAGCAGGAACAACUGCCUGGCCACCGGGAGCUGUUGCACUUGGCACGAGGGGAAGAUCAUCCAGGACAUGAGACUUAAGCUGAGGAAUGUGGAGUGUGGGGAAGUUGUAGUCCAGAUUGAGUGGAUUGAUGUUCCGGGUUCUAAAGGUUUAGCAAAUGUUCAGGUCUAG